CAUGAUCCUCUUGUCGUUCAAGAAAGCCAAAAGAUGGUUGAGACUCUUCAUCGGGAGCUUGAUUCUUUACAAGUACAAGUAUCAGAGCUUACCAACUUGUCAAAAAUGGUCGGCAAAGAAGAAAAGUCAGAAAACUAUUCGCAAGUGUUAAAGUCACUUCAUUCACAAUGGAAGAGUAGUUCAGCUUUGGAACGUCAAUAAUUAUAUCCAAUAAUUGAACAAGUUAAGCAAUCGCGCAAUGACUCAUUCAACAAAAGGAUUCAUAUACAGAAUCAAUUACGUGACAGAAGAAAACAGUUGCAUAUAAAAAAAAAAAUGGCAAUAAUGCGCAAAAAUAAAAUGGCUAAUAAUCGCCUUCCUUGUCCGCCUGAAUCUGAACGUCAGCUUACUCAUGCUCAAGUUAUUGAGAAUAGUUUAUUUUCACCCAAUGUCAAUGCUGCUCAAGACUUUACGUUUUCAGGAACAGAUAAUGGCCUUCACACCAUGACUGAUACGGUUGCUUUUACUUUGAAACGUUUUAAAUUUCAUUUAGAGCUUUACAACCGAUACUAUAUUCUUGGAGAUGUACAAAAUGAUGAUCCUCACCUUGCUGAUAUUCUUGAAAGAUAUCAUAACGAUGCUAUUGAUUCCGAAUGUAUGGACGAAAACGUAUCUUACCUUGAUUUGCCCAACUCUUUUAAACUUGAAAGAGAUAAAAAGAGAAUCGUUGAGGGCCAAAUAGUACAGAGCAUCGAAAAUAAUUUACCAAAAUUCACUAUGGAUCACACUGUUAAUGUUGAAGAAAUAAAAGAAGUCCUUUCACAGCAGUAUGCGGUUCGUGACACUCUUAGAAAACUAUAUUACUCCAACAAAAGAGUUAAAGAAGAGAGAACGACGCAGGUUCAACAAAAAAGAACGACGAUUUAUAGUUGAUCAAAAUGAUUAGCAAUCGAAAACAAAGCCAGUAAUGCUCAUAGGUGAUAAAG